CCCGUGGCUAAGUGGGGAAAGCACGAAACCUGGCCUGCCGGGUCCUUUUCCCGACAUCCUCAGCCAGAUUUAGCUGCUGACAGCUGCUUGGGACUCUGCCGCCAGGGCCUGGCUCAGAUCUGCCUGCCUGUCCUCUCUCUCAGUGACUCCUGAGCCACAGCCCCUCCAUGGCCCAGAAGGAAGAGGCUGCUGCAGCCGCUGAGGCUACCUCCCAGAAUGGGGAGGAUCUGGAGAACCUGGACGACCCUGAGAAGCUGAAGGAGCUGAUUGAGCUGCCACCCUUCGAGAUCGUCACAGGAGAACGGCUGCCUGCCAACUUCUUUAAGUUCCAGUUCCGGAAUGUAGAGUACAGUUCCGGGAGGAACAAGACCUUCCUCUGCUAUGUGGUUGAGGCACAGGGCAAGGGGGGCCAAGUGCAGGCAACUCGGGGAUACCUAGAGGAUGAGCAUGCGGCUGCCCAUGCAGAGGAAGCCUUCUUCAACACUAUCCUGCCAGCCUUCGACCCAGCCCUGCGGUACAAUGUCACCUGGUAUGUGUCCUCCAGCCCCUGUGCAGCCUGCGCUGACCGCAUUACCAAAACCCUUAGCAAGACCAAGAACCUGCGUCUGCUCAUUCUGGUGGGGCGACUCUUCAUGUGGGAGGAGCCGGAGAUCCAGGCUGCUUUGAAGAAGCUGAAGGAAGCCGGCUGUAAACUGCGCAUCAUGAAGCCCCAGGACUUCGAGUACAUCUGGCAGAAUUUUGUGGAGCAAGAAGAGGGUGAAUCCAAGGCCUUUCAGCCCUGGGAGGACAUUCAGGAGAACUUCCUCUACUAUGAGGAGAAGUUGGCAGACAUUCUGAAGUAGGGCAACUGGGCUCGGCUUCACGUCUUCCUGCUGCCAUCCAGAGACAGCAGUGACAUGUAUAGCCAUCUGGGACAUGCCUGCCUAAUACCAUUUGGAGCUGGACAACAUUCGACACCAACCAAUCAUCCUGGACAAGGCCCUUAGAGGACUUGAAAUAUACUUCUCAUGCUGUAGUUCAUUUAAGCUGUGCCUCUCUCUCUAAUGCUGCUCUUGGGAAGGAGGAAAGUGACCUGCAAGGAGAGAAACGCAACCAUACAUGGGCACCAGUCAACUAUGAGACUGAAGGUCCUAACUGCUCACCCAAGGGGGCUGCUUAACGCAAACAGCCUCAGACCCAAGGUUUAGAUUUCUGAAAUGUGCAUUUUGAGUAUUUUUUUUAAAAAAGAAAAACAACAUUAAUAAAAGUGGUGUGUUUUUCCCGUGGCCAGAUUAAGAAACUGGAAUAUUUGGAAGUUACCACAGACAACUGAGCCGGUCCCAGACACAGGGACGCCCCAGGCUAUGAACCAAGCCAUGACAUUACGAAGUGGGAGGGAAGGUUAAACCAGGACUUGGCUAGACAAUACAGAAUAACUCUCCCAUACAUCCUUCUUGCCACAGUCAAAUGAGGGCCUCUUUCUUUCUCUGAAUCAAGUAAUACAGUAGAAGGUGGAACAAAAAAGCAUGAGAAAUCCAAGGUAGCCACAUCCCAAAUACCAAUUAAUAAGCAAUUAGAUUCUUGAUUAGCAAGGAGCAGGUAAAAAGUAGGAGUUUGAUGUUCAGAUACACAAUCAUUUAAAAGAAUUCAACAUAUGGUGUUUGAUGGUAAUGGCAGGAUGAUGUCAAGUCUCAUUUUUUAAAGGAUUGUUUGAGUCCUAUGUGGAAGCAAAAAAUCACAGGUAAAUUUCUGGGUGUUUGCCAAACUCUAA